UGGAUUAGGGGACCUAUUAAGGAUAAGAACAGGUAUCACCAUAGAAUUGGCUAAACCCAUUAAGUGAGCUUUAGUUUAGGCCACAUAUUUAUUCCUGAAUAGAACUACAAUUAAUUGUCACCAAAAGCCUUUAUAUUACUAAAAAAAAAAGCCUUUAUAUAGGAUAUUCUACUCUGACAUUCCUCCUCUUACUCAUUUCAUCUAAUUAUUAAUAUCUCUGUAUGUAAUGUUUGUGGGUAAAUAUAUGUGUACAUGUUAUGUUAGUCUGCCAGAUCUUAGUAUGUCCUCAUCUGUCAUCAUAAAGCUGUACAACUCCACCGCUUAACCAAGUCUGCUUACUAUAUAGAGAGAGAUCAAACUCUCUCUUCGAUAACUUUCCCAAAAUAAUAAAUUCACAAAAGAAAAAAAGAAACCCAGAAAGAAAUGAGUAGCUUAGAAGAUGAGAAGCUGAUCCAGAUGGUUUAUGAUUUUAUAGAAUCUUCAGAAUCAUCAUCAUCACCUGCUUAUUCUUCCUCUGCUUCUUCAGAUUCGUUGUCCUUCAACCAUCACACGAAGUAUUUCACUUUACAGGAGAUUCUGAGGAGUGGAACAGAAGCUGAGAGUGGUGUCCUGAAGAGUGUGUUAAAGCACAUGAGAUUAAACAAAAGAGAUGCUAAUAAGAGAUCAACCACUACUACUGGUCUCAAAAAAUGGCUUGCCAAGAAGCUUCAAAUAGAUGGGUUUAAUGCUUCUCUAUGUCAAACCUCUUGGGUCACUUCCUCUGGCUGCGCUGGAGGUGAUUAUGAAUACAUUGAUAUAGUAAUCAAAGAUGGGAAUGGAGGGGAAACAAGGCUUAUUGUGGACAUAGACUUCAAGUCUCAGUUUGAGCUAGCAAGGCCUACACAAUCAUACAAGGAACUCACAGAUUUGCUCCCAACAAUCUAUGUUGGGGAUGAGAAUAAGCUUAACAAUAUAAUCACUCUUCUUUGUGCAGCUGCUAAACAGUCCCUUAAAGAUAGAGGUCUCCACAUACCUCCAUGGAGGACCCUGACUUACAUGCAGUGUAAAUGGCUUGGAAGAGCCCAAAAGUGGAAAAAAUGGUUGUAGUUGUGAAGCCCAAAAGAAGAGAUUUUGGUGGUGGAUCUGCCUUGUCUAGUCAGUUCUCUAACAUGGGUAUAAACUGUUUCUGAACAUUUUUUUGGUGGAUUUUAGGGUUCUGACAUGUCUCUUGGCAGAGAGAGAUUUGUCAGUUUUGGUCAAACAUCCUUUUAUUCCUAUUUUCAGUAGUAUUUUGAGAGCCAGAGGGUCUUGGUUGAGGGAAAUCUUGGUGUAUUGAUUUGUCAGUUUUGGUGGUGGAUCUGCCUUGUCUAGUCUUGGUUGAGUUUUUUGGUGCUGGAUUUGUAUUUUUUGGUGCUGAAUUCUAUGACACAUGCUCUUUCUAGCAGAACUCAUGUUGCCAUGACUGCAAGUGAAAAGAAAGGGUAUGAAACCAUUAAUAAUUAUGAAGAGCUAAGAAUGUAAACCCUAAUUAAGCUUGUGAAUCAUCACAGGUUAAUUAUAUAUACUUGUGAUGAAGUUGCAUUUA